AUGGAAGUUAGAAACAAUGUUGAAGAUGUUUGCUUUCUCGAGCUCACUUCAGAAAAUGAGUUUUUGUCUCGAUUGGUCAAUUUUCAACCAUUAACCAGCACUCAAAUCAAGGUCAAAUCGUAUCCAUUAGAACAGAUAAAAAACGCAAGAGUUCAAGAAGCACUGGUGGUAAGGGAUCUUUUAAACGUACUUGUGGGUAUGGAAGGCGUAUACAUCAGGUACAACAACAGCUACGAGCCCCGUUUAGGCCCAGGUGAUGAGAUACGGGGACCGGACUUUAAAAUUGCCAAAAACAUGGAUCCGUCUCUAAAAAGCUUUGCCAAGUGGAUGGUCAAAUUUGGAAAAAUUUACGUUGUACUGUCGUGUUUCAGCGAACGCUAUAAUGAACCGGUCUACGGCUCUAUCUUGCAUCGUUUGUGCUACGAGAUCCGUCAGUUUUUGGCGCAUGAUUACAUGCGGUUCAUUGUGGACGUCGCGGAGGGAGAAUUUAGGUCAAAUCCCUCUUUCAGUAUCAGGGAACUGGGACAAAUGCUAACGAAAUCAUGUGGUUAUAAAGCGCAGCUGCUUUAUGAUAUAGUACAGGACGUCAUACGCGAGAUGAGCCGACGUGCCCUUAUGAAUCGAGAGGAGGCGGAUUUUCACAAUUUCAUACAAGAUCUGAAGAAGGAAAAACACUAUGCGCCAUCAGCGUAUGGUAUUGACUCCUCCGGUAUUGCACCGUUCUUGACCGACUCCAGGAUCAAUAUACACGCGCGGGGAGGGGUCAUUUUACAAAUGGUUCAAGACAGACUGAAAGGCAAUUGGGGGAAUCAGCGAAAUGUUGAUUUUCUUCAGAAGUUGCUUUCGAGUAUCUCAAGUCAGUACUGUGUCAUGUUAGAAACGUGGCUUACAAACGGAAGCCUAUCCGAUCCCCACGAUGAGUUUAUGGUGGCGGAUUCCAUGAGGUCCACAUCACAUCAAGAAAUCACUACCUUGAAUUCCUUGAACAGCGAGAGGCUGUGGGACACCCAACAUGUGAUACGCAGAGAUGGAAUUAUGGAACAGUUCAAGGAGAAGGAUAUUGCGUUUAAAGUACUCAUGACAGGUAAAUUGCUUAAUCUUUUCCGCCAAUGUUGCGACUUUCGCGAUUUGACAGGUGUGACACCAGCAAACAGCUACGGGCCACUUCGCGAUCUGCCGCAGGGAACACAGCUUACACUCUACGUUGAUGCUCACUACAAACGUGCGAACGAACUUGUAGGAGGCCUAUUCUGUGACGGUUAUAAUUUAGCAAACCGACUCGGGGAAUUUCACCAGAACUUCUUUUUCUACAACAAUCCUAGUUUUUUCCGGAGCUUUUUCAAUCGAUCUUUGAUUGAGCUCACCAAAUUACGAAGUGACGUGGUGCAAGAAAAAUUACAAAGAUCCUUUCUGGACUACCAACUAUCGCAGGAACAUAGAACCUCAAAUAUCGUUCUUCCUCUACUGAACUUGAAACUCGAUCAUCGCAGCUUUUACCGUAUCGUUGAGCAGUUCUCCUCUGAGACCGCAAACGGGGGAAAUGAACCGGAUCUGUUGCAGGCUCAAAAUUUUGGUAAUUUACGUGACAUGCUCUUACGAGAUUUAGAGUUGCAGGAUCUCGAUUCAGGCACCUCAGCGCACGACAAAAAAUUUGGGCAUACAAUUCAUCAUCUACAAUUUGAAAUAAUUGUCCCCUUCCCAUUGAACACCAUAAUCACGAAAACAUGCAUGGUCCAAUACCAAAUGGUUCAGAGGUACUUAGGAAUCCUUCAUUACUAUAACAAAAUUCUGCAGGAUACCUGGUUUGAGCUGAAUAAGAAUCGGAUAUGGAGGCAUGCUGGCUUCAGUAAAGACGUCAAACAUUGGAUUCGACGUUGCAGAACAGUUCAUUUCCGCAUGACACAGUUCAUGAAGUUUGUGCUGGAGUACACAUGCCAGGACGUGAUACACAGCAGCUGGGCACCUCUGAAAUCUCGCAUGGACAAAAAUGCGGCUUCGAAUUUUGACUUGAAUGCGUGUCAAUUAGCCCUACAAGAUUUCCUGACACAAAUUAUGGCUCACUCUUUGCUGACCAAUGCUUCUCUGGUAAGACUUCUGAUUCAAAUUACCGACAUCGUCCACAGAUUUUGUAAAUUUGUCACGUCACUGAGGAAGACCCUUUGCAUGAUGGAUGUCCGAUUAUUUUCUUACUAUCAGGGUCAAUUUUCCGACGAUCAUCAGUACGAUGAGGCAGCAGCGCUGCGAAAGCUGCACGAGCUGCAAAAAUACUUGGGCUUAAUUUGGGAUAGUUUCUCACAACACAGAAGUGCUUUUGCUGAGGGCGUAUCCUAUUACUGUAAUAAUGGCUCGGUUCGCAGUGGCGCCAGCCCGGUGAUAUUCAUGGCGGAGAAGUUGAAAUUUUUGGAAAAGUAA